GAAUAAACUUUUAAAAUAUAUUUCCUGGGAUUUUAAAUUUUAGUAAUUAUAUUUUUCACUUUUAGAAUUUUAUUUUGGUUCUUUUUCAAGUACACUAUGCUGCUUUUUAGUACUAUCUGCUUCCAUAUCAAAAAUUUUCAGCUUUGUACGUUUCUCCUUGGACAGAACAAGCAUGGUAGCUCUACUCUGGAUUAAUACUCUUAUUUAUCAACAAGUUUCAUGGUUUUAGAAAUGUAUGUUUAGGUAAGGAAAUCAGGAUUUUUCCUUUGCUUUGCCAGGCAGUUGGGAUCCCUUUUAUCAAAAUUGAGAUUUUUUUCUUUUGGAAGUCUAUGCAAGAGUAGGCUUUAUCUUCAGGUUUCCCCCACUCUUCAUCUUCUUUUGGGAUUCUUUUUUUUUUUUUUUGAGGUCUUCUGCCAAAGCCGAAGAUGGCUUCCUUGAUGGAUUCUUUUAUUCUGACAUUUUAUACUGCUAGCCUUCAAGGCUUCCCACAUACAAUUUAGUCUCAGGUGCCUGUUUUGAUUAGAUAAAUGUUUCCUAGAAUAAAGAAGCCCCGGGGUGCUAUGCUUUCCAUGGUAGAUUCUUGUUCUCUCUUGGAGUUGUUAUGGUUGGAUAUUCCUCAUUGUUGGGUUAGUUCUUUGAUACUGUUACCAUAUCCUCUCUCCUUUUUAAAAAAAAAAUUAUAAUGUACAUGCAAUAAUAUGCAUUAAUCUUAAAUGUACAUCCUGAGAAUCUUUGACUAUGUAAUCAUACUCAAACAUACAAAACAGUUUUGGAACCUCAGAAGGCUCUGUCAUACUCUUUCUCAGUUGUUUCCAUCUUCCUUUCUUGCUUCUGGUCACAGUGUCUUUCCAAUCAUUAUAGAGUAGUUUUGCAGUUUCUAAUUUUUCAUAAAAAGUAUAUUUUUUAUAUACUCUUUUUUUUUUUUUUUUUGUAUAUGACAUCUUUCAGUGUUGUAGCUUGUUGAAUUUCAGGUAGUUGUGCACGUUUCUUUUAUUGCCCGGUACUAGUUAGUAUGGCUGUACAAAAAUUGCCUCAGAACUCAAGUGACUUAAAACACUGACUUAGUUCACAAAUCUACAAUUUGCUCAGUGCUUGUCUCUGCUUCAUUUAGUUUCAGCUAGGGUGAUGAAAGGCUGCGCCUAGAGCUGUCUGUCUGAAGGCUUUCUCCUGGGUCUGGUGUUUGAUGAUGAGACAUAUGCAUGUGGCCUUGAAAAAUAGGACAUGUAUUCCUCUGAGAAACCUUGGACAGCAGAUUUUGGUUUAAUAGCUGGUUGGAACAACAUACAGAGACAUUUCCAGUCAUGAAUUCGGACCAGGAUGUAGCACUCAAACUUGCCAAAGAACGAGCUGAAAUCGUUGCUAAAUAUGACAGAGGACGAGAAGGUGCAGAGAUUGAACCUUGGGAAGAUGCUGAUUAUCUUGUUUACAAAGUCACAGAUAGAUUUGGCUUUUUGCAUGAGGAGGAGCUCCCAAAUCAUAAUGCAGCUGUGGAACGGCAAAAGCACCUGGAAAUUGAAAGAACUACCAAAUGGCUGAAGAUGCUAAAAGGAUGGGAAAAAUACAAGAACACUGAGAAGUUUCACAGAAGAAUUUACAAAGGAAUUCCCCUUCAACUCCGAGGUGAAGUCUGGGCUCUUCUUCUUGAGAUCCCUAAAAUGAAAGAAGAAACACGAGACCUUUAUAGUAAAUUAAAACACAGAGCAAGAGGCUGCUCGCCUGAUAUCAGACAAAUAGACCUUGAUGUCAACCGUACAUUUAGGGACCAUAUUAUGUUUAGAGACAGAUACGGUGUUAAGCAACAGUCUUUAUUCCAUGUUCUUGCUGCAUAUUCUAUUUAUAAUACGGAAGUUGGGUACUGUCAGGGAAUGAGCCAGAUCACAGCUCUGUUGCUCAUGUACAUGAAUGAGGAAGACGCUUUCUGGGCCCUCGUCAAACUUUUCUCAGGUCCCAAACAUGCCAUGCAUGGAUUUUUUGUCCAAGGUUUUCCUAAACUCUUGAGAUUUCAAGAACAUCAUGAAAAAAUACUGAAUAAAUUUCUGUCUAAGCUUAAGCAACAUUUGGAUUCUCAAGAAAUCUACACAAGUUUUUACACAAUGAAGUGGUUUUUUCAGUGUUUUCUUGAUCGUACUCCCUUUACACUAAACCUCAGGAUAUGGGAUAUCUACAUCUUUGAAGGAGAGCGUGUUCUUACUGCUAUGUCUUACACAAUCUUAAAAUUACAUAAAAAACAUCUAAUGAAAUUGUCUAUGGAAGAACUUGUAGAAUUUCUUCAGGAGACUCUAGCAAAGGACUUUUUCUUUGAAGAUGAUUUUGUAAUAGAGCAACUUCAAAUUUCUAUGGCAGAACUAAAGCGGGCAAAGUUAGACCUCCCAGAACCUGGUAAAGAGGAUGAAUAUCCAAAGAAACCUUUGGGGCAGCUUCCACCUGAAUUUCUUUCUGGUGGUAUUAAUCUCAUGAGCAAUGGACAAAGAAGUGUUGGCAGGCCCAGUCCCCAUAUAAACAGCAGAAGAGAAAGUGGUUCAUCACCUCACAAAAGACAUGAGCACUCGCCCCAUCAUCAGAGUAGAACUGGUACACCAGAGCGAGUGAGGCAGCUGAGACGGAAAUCAGUGGAUGAAGACAGUAAAAAUCUUAAAGAUGAAGAGAAUUUUCAAAGAAAACUUUCAUCAGGUCCACAAGACAGUUCAAAGCCCUAUAAUCAUGCAGCUGCUAACCAAAACAGCAAUGCUACUUCAAAUAUCAGGAAGGAAUUUAUGCCCAAAUGGAAUAAACCGUCAGAUAUGUCAGCUGUUGAAAGAACUGCCAGAUAUGUCAUUGAAGGCAAAAGCAGAUCAGUGCACCCCACACUGGCAGCCACCAUUCCAAAUUCUGCUGAUGCUCGGAUAGCCAAUGCAAGGCACAAGAUGAAGGUUUUGGAUGGUGAUGAUGGGAAGCGGGGCUCUAAUGCAUCACAGUAUGAUAAUGUCCCUGGGAAUGAAAAUGAAAAUGGAGCUUCUGUUGAAGAGGCACUAGAGAGGGCUUAUUCUCAAAGUCCAAGGAAUGUCAUUUACUCUAACAGCCCAAGAAAGCAUGCUGAGCCAGGUUCUAGUCCACCAAAAGUAUCCAGCAAGUUUACUGUUAAAGUACAGCCUCCAGGCUAUGGAAAAUACCCAUCUCAGUUAGAAGGGGAAGACCAAGGGACCAUCCACCCUCCAUCCUACAGCAAUCCCCCUGUUUACCAUGGAAGUUCUCCAAAACAUAUCCCUACCCCUAACAGCUUUGUGUCUCCACAGAUUAGUCCUGGCACUCAGAUGAAUCCUUCCAGGAGACCUUAUGGUUCUACUCUUUCAGUUGAUAUUUCUCCAGAGAAAUCUUACAGCCGCCCAACCCCUCUUGUACUACCAUCUAGUCGAAUAGAAGUCCUUCCUGUUGAUAUUGGUGCUGGGGGAUACUCAGGCAAUUCAGGGUCACCAAAGAAUGGUAAAUUCAUCAUUCCUCCGGUAGAUUAUUUGCCAGAUAACAGAAAAUGGUCAGAAGUUGGUUAUACAUCCAGAUCGGAGAUGCAUGGACAAUCAUGGACUCGAGAUACUAACCGUAGCCACUUAAGCAAUUUACCAAAAUAUUCAGCCUUUCAACACAUACCCUUUCAGGACCAUAACCUGCCAGCAGUUUCAGUUGAUAGCCCAGUGCGGUAUAAAACUUCAUCAGCUAUGGAAGAUGCCAGUCCAGCUGGGUAUCAGUAUGCAGGGCCUUCGCCGCCAGCAUAUCACUAUAGAAAUCGGGAAGGGUUCUCUGUUCAAGAGUCAGUAUUGCUGUGAGAAUUUAUCCUUACUAAAGAUGAGAGAACAGAAACCAUAUGAAAUCUACAUUGCUAUAUUUUAAUUGCCAAAGCAGUAUUUUAUAUUGUAAACAACUUGCACAAUUCUAAUGUAUAUCAGUAAUGAGAAUAUAUGGAAAUAUUUUCAUCCCCAUGCAGAUGCUGCUUAAGAUGAGCAUUUUAAAUUGCAUCAUCACUGGACCUCUUAAAAUUUUAACCUGGAAACAGCAAUAGCAUUUAGGAAUGCACAUGAUGAUUCUUUACUCAGUAUCAUUUAUUUUUUAAAACCUGGACAUUUUUACUAUGUUGGCCCAUUCCAUUUUGACUAAUGUUUUAAAGCACUGAAAAACUGUCAAACAGAUAUUUUUAAGGCUCUGUGUAGUGUAUGUCUUUUAAUAGAUAGUAUAAUCUAUGCAUACACAUUUGAGCACAAAAUUGAAAUGUUUUUUAAAAAAAACUAUUUUCAACCUAGAUCCAUGAAAUAAUGUUACUUUUCUUUUCCUUAUCUUUCAGUCCAGUUUUUCCCCUUCAUAUUUUUAACCCAAAACCUAACCUGAUUAAAAAUUUGCUCUGACUUCAUUAAUACAUCUCACAAAAUGCUCAUCAUUCUCCUUCAGCUGCUGCCAUUUUCUUUCAAUCUGAAAAUUAAAGACAUUGGAGAGAAAAGCUAACCGCUCAACGGUGCUUAAAAAUUGGGGCAGUUAAGCCAAAGGUGCAGCACUGACUGUGUCUGUACACCAGACCAGUCUUAGUGCCUCCAUGCUUUUUGCUGUCUUCUGAGCAGCCAGGGAAAGCUGCAGCACAGCUCUAGGGAUUCUGCAGGAAAAGCUCCAGCUGACUCAUGCAGCACUUGCAGAGCAGGGCUGGUAGAGGGGUCAUCUCUCACUCUGCCCUUUUUUCAGCACCCUCCUCCAUGGGUCCAGGAUAGUUGUUACAUGACCUGUCUCUGACACUCUUUCUUUGAAAAUGUAGUCAACUUGAUAUUGCUGCUCAUACCAGGCCCUUACAUUAUUUAUCCAUGUUAAAAUUGUUUUUUAAAAAAAUUCCCUAAUUGUUAAUAGGAGUCUAGAACUUUGAUCCUUUUUUAAAAACAGUGUGACUUUUAUACUUUUAAAAACCUUUUUAUUUUUCCUUUUUCAAUGAAAAAAAUCAGGUUUAUGGUAAAACAAAACAAAACAAAAAUCAUUGAUGUCUUUAAAAGUAUUCUAUUACACUACACUUACCAAACACUGAGAAAGUUUUGGGUACUCCACUAAAGUAGGACAUUGUGUUGAAGUGGAGUGCUUGUUUUCAACAUUAUUUUGCUCACAUUUACAUAACAGAGAGUAGAUGGUCCAUGAUUCCUCCUGUAGCAAGUUGGGGCUGUAAGCUUUUGAGGUACAAAAGUUUAUGAUAAAAUGAAAAUAACAUUUGUUUAGUGAAUGUGAGAGUAUUUUUAUGUAUAUAGUCUAUAAUUUUAGUCAACUUCUUAAUGAUGUUAUUAAUGGCAAAACAAAUGCAGUGUAUUAAAGCUAAACACUACACUGAAACCCAAAAUGCUGAUAAAAUAACUGGCUCUUGAUUUAGAUCAUGUGGAAGCUGAAAAAUAAAUGUACAUUAAAAUGUAGCAGAUUAUAUAAAGUCCGAUUUUUAAAAUGUGUUUCUGUGACAUGUAAUAAACCAAGCUGUACAAUUUAGUUUAUAAUAGCAGCAUCUGAGCUGCUGCAAAAUAUAUAUCAACAGUGGUAAAUACUGUAGAUUUAUAUAUAUAUAUAUACACACACAAAAUAUAUAUAUACACACACAUACUAUUUUCUUAUGUCAUCUAUGACAUUUUUUACUUGUAUGCUUUUUUGAUGUGAUUUUUUAACAUGCUAAAAGUAACAUUUUGUUUUGUCUUUUGUGUGAAUUUGUUUUUAAUAUGGCGAAAGUGCUGUAUCUCUGAUACUUCUAAGGCUAAUUGUCUUUUAAUUGAGUAAAUGUUGCCUGGUCUUCACCUAUCGCGCUUUUAUGUGUUACAAUUCUAUGUUGUAUGUUCUAUUAAUUUGUAGUAAGACUGUAUUUAGAACUGCAUCAUCUUUUCUUUAUUUAAUGACAUUAUUAAUGGCAAUAAGAUUUUAUUUUCAUUUUAAAAUGUACCUGUUAGUAGGAAAAUUUAAUUUGAAAUUUUGCCACCAUACAGUUUUCAUCUUUCAGAUUUAUUUUUUAAUAAAAGAUAAGUAAUGGUAAAAGGUGAAAUAAUAUUGGCAAAGUGGGUCAAAAUAUAUUUAUGUAAAACAUUUUGUAAGGAUGAUUUUACUCUGUAACUACAUUCACAAAAUGUAUUUUUACAUUGAUUCAGUCUUUUCUUCCUGACAGUUUUGCCCAACAUAAUAAGUAUUUUAGAAUGGUUUUUAUUUUUAUGAUUUACUUGAGAAGUUAAACCAGAUCCAAUUCUCAGAAGCUUUUAAAACUGACUGUUGUAGGUGUUUAUUUUUUAAAAGUGUAUUUAAAAAUGAAUAAUUUCUUAAACCUGAGAGAUACAUAUAAAAUCAGGUCUGAGUUUCAGUAAUAGGUUUCUUGAAAGAAUGAAAAGAGAGUCAGUAGGACAUUUCUGGGGAAGAAAAAUAAUUUUUUAAAGGUUGUAAUUUUUUUUUCAUUUUAAGACAGUUUGAACUUGUGCCAUACUCAUUAUAAUGGUAAAGUAUACUUUCAUAGUUGUAGUCGGCUAAGACUGAUUUCCAGUGUAAUAUGGCACAAAAACAGUACCCAUUCACAGUUUUCAUAAUUGGAGUGGCACAUGCUAUGUCUCCAAAUGUGGAUUUACUUCAGAGGACUUGCAGCUUCUUCUUCUGAAAAUAAGAUUAUUUUACUGUUAGUUCUUACGCUCACACUUCUAUUUUAGUGUGUACUUGAUGUGCAUUUGCAUAUCAGUGUUACUCUGAUUAGAAUUCUGGAAAUUUUAAAUUCUGUUUUAAAUUGUCCUUAAAGAUUUUAAAUAUCUAAAUCUAUUGUAGGUAUUAGUGCUUAUUGACCAACUAGAAGGGGUCAAACUUUAAAAAUGACCCAAGAUAGAAUGAAAAAAACCAGUUAACCUUUUCAUGCAUUUUACAUUUAGAUUUUCACUUUUAUCUGUAAAUCUAGGUAUAAUUGCCACUACCUUAUAGAUAAGAAGGUAAAGAAAGGAACUUUUUAGAUUUCUUAAGAGUGAAUCUUGGGGCUAAGGAUGUAGCUUAGUGAAACAAUGUCUUCCUGGCAAGCGCGAGAUCCUGAGUUUGAUUCUCAUUGGAAAAAAAAAAAAAAAACAAACAUGAAUCUUGCUUGCCAUUCAUUCCUUUUUCUGGUAAAUUUUAAAAUUAUUUUCUGCUUGUGUCCCACUCCAGAACACUUAAAUCAUAAUAUCGGUGUGGAACUUAAGUAUCAGAUAAUUAUAUUUUCCUCCACAACUUUAAAGUUUAAUUUUAAAUUCUUUGUUUGCACCCCUCCCCAGUAUUAUAGUCCCAUUAUAGGAUACAUCAAAAGUCCUUAACAGAUCAAGAUGCAGGAUCUAGAAAUUAAUGUCAGGAAAACUGGGAAAUUUUUCAUUGGGAAGAUUUAACAUUACUAGCAUCUAUGUGCAUUUCACAUAUUGUGAAUGGAAGAUAGCAUGAUACUAUAAUUUUAGUUUAUUUGUUGCUUCCUAUAGUCCUUCAAAGAUAGGUGGAGGAUUUAUGAAGAUUUCCAUUUUCUGUAUAACCUCGGCCUCUCAGUUUUGGAAGACUAAGACCUAAGACUGGACUUGAGUGUUCUGGUCCAGUCAUUUUAUUGAGCAACUACAGUGUACAAAGGAGUGUACUAGGUUCACACUUAGGUCAUGAAACAAGUUUGUAAUUUGUGUGUCUGGAUUCAGUGUUGAAAGUACAAAGAGGCUUUACUAUAGGCAAAGAAAGAGGGAAAGUGAACCCAACUCCAGGCUCUGGGAAGGCUUAUGAGGGAGUUGCCUCAGGUGAGCCUAAGAGUAUUUGCAGUCAUGGACAAAAGGUUGGGAGAAAGUGGCAUUUCUGUGGAGGGAGGCAGGGAGUGUCAUGGAGGGCCUUAGGAAAGCUGAUCCUGCAGGAGGACUUUGCCAUGUGUGUGUUCCUAUUUCUUCACGGUCCCCGAGGCUGUGGUGUAAGGGGAAGAGCUGGAGGUGGUUAAGCAGACAGAGGCCAUGGUGACUGCAGAACUUGAAGCCAGGGAGGAAGUCAUGAAGACGUGAUUUGAGAACUAAUUACUAAAUGAAAUUGGCCAGACAUGACAAUGAAAAUAAUCCGAAUAAUCUUAAUUAGAAAAAGAUGUGACACUUACUGCCUACUGAGGCAUCCAUUGCUGUGCUAAGUGUUUUACUUGCAUCAACUCUAAUCCUCACAAUAACCCUGAAAUCUAUACACGUUGUUCCCAAUUUUCUAUUGAGAAAACUAAGGCCCAAAGUUUAACUUACUCCUAGUUAAGUAAUAAUGCCAGCAGAAUCCAAGCAGAAUUCCUAGCCUGUUUCUCCCACCUUUCCCCUGACCUGAUUGAAGAAAGUACAAUUUAUCUGUCAUAAAACUCACCCAUUUUAAGUUUCUACUUAAUAUUUUUUAUAAUAGUACAGUCAUCACAACUAAUACCAAAACACUACCAUCAUCCCAGAAUAGAUCCUGUUCCGGUUUGCACCUGUACCCAUACUCACUUUAAGCCUCAGGCAACUACUGAUCCACUUUCUGUCCUGAUUUGCCUUUUCUGGACACUACACAAAUGGAACCAGACAAUGCGUCUUUUGCAUUUGGCUUCUCAGCAGUGCUUUUGCAUGUAUCACUAAUUAUUUUCCAUUUUAUUACUGUCUAGUAUUCUGUUGUAUGGCUACAUCACAUUGUGUUAUCCAUCUACCCGUUGAUACGUAAAUUGUUUUCACAAGCUAUUGUGUACAGGUUUUUAUGUGGAUGUAUGUUUAGCCUUUUAAGAAACUUCCUGACUUUUCCAAAGCAGCUAUACCAUUCCCCACUUUCUACCCAGAGUAGAGGAGGUGUCUGAUUUGUCCACAUCCUUGUUUAUACUUGUGAUUAUCUGAGUUUUUAAAAUUGUAGCCAUCCUAGUGGAUGUGAAGUGGACCUCAUUGUGACUUCAGUUUGUAUUUCUCUGAUAACUAAUAAUGUUGAGCACCUUUGCAUAUGCUGAGGGCCAGUUGUAUUUCCUCUUUGGUGAAAUGUCUGUUUACAUUUUGUUCUUUUUUUAUUGAGUUUUUAAAUUUUUAUUAUCAAAUAGGAAGAGUUGUUAAUAUAUUCUGGUUGCAAGUCCUUCACAAGAAAUGAUUUGCAAAUAAUUUUUCCUACCCGUGACUUGUCUAUAAUUUAAUGGUGUCUUUUGAAGUGCAAAUAUUUUUAAUUUUAAUGAAGUCUAAUAUAUUAGUUUUUCUUGUAUAGGUUAUCUUUUUAGUAUUAUAUUUCUCUGUCUAACUUGAGAUCACAAAGACUUUUUCCUGUUUUAUUCUGGAAGUUUUAUACUUUAGGUUUUAAAUUUGGGACUGUGAGCCAUUUUGAAUUAAUUUUUAUAUAAAGGGUGAAGUAAGGUUAUAAAUUCCAGAGGGUAGCCAAUGAUCUUGGCACAGUGGCUAAAAGUAAGACUUGUCCCUCAUUGCACCUCUGUCCAAAGUCAGUUGAGCAUAUAUAUAGGAGUUUAAGUUUUAAAAUCUGUUAAAUGUACAUUCUCCAACUCCAUAAUUUUUCAUAUAUGCAAAGAUAGAAAUGCUUAUUUUUCAUACUUUACUCUUUUUUACUUUGCAUUUCUAUAUAGAGUUUAGGAUCUGCUAAUCAGUUUCUGCCAAAAAGACGACUGGGAUUUUUGUAGGGAUUAUUCUGAGUCUACAGGUUCAGGAAGAUUGUCAUAUUAGCAAUACUGAAUCUUCAACCUAUAAACAUAGAAUGACUCUUCAUUCAGUUUCACCUUUAAUUUCUCCCAGAAAUGUUUUAUAUGGUAUGUGGCUUCCACUUCUUUUGCUUAAAGUCAGUUAUAUUUUAUUCACUUUUGAAUGGAACCAUUCUCUUCUGAAUUUGUGUCCCUACAUAUUCUCCUGCUGAAGGUGAGAAAGGGUCAGGAUUGGUUUUUUAAUUCCUGAGCUGGGUGGAAGAGUGGAUGAUGGGGUUACCAUAUGAUAAAAAGAACUCAGGAGAAGGAGCUUUGGUGGGAAAACAACUUCUGUUUUGACAUGUAGAAUUUGAGGGUUGGAGAUUGACAGAUGGUGUUGUCUGACAGGAAGUUGGCUGCUUCAGAGUGUUCUGGGGCUCGCCAGCAUGAGAGGUAUGCAGUCGUAAGAGUGUACCCACCCUGAGAAAAGGCAGGCGAGCAAAGGGAAGAGAGUUGUAGGUAGUAACAUUUAGCAGAAUUAAUUUUAACAAAGAACAAUGUUCCUUUGGAUUUAUCAGUUCAGUAAAGUAGGCCCGAGGCUGUCAGAUCUAAAGGGUAGUCAGAGGGACUACUGAGUGUGACCUUUAGGCAAAUUAUAUUCCUUUUCUGGGCCUGUUUUCCUCAUCUCUAAAGUAUGGGCAUUUAAGAGGGAAGAGAGAAGGGGGAAACAGUUAUGAACCAAUUCCACCAUAUUUGAGUGCCCAGAGACUGGAGUCUGCCUUGAAUAUGGACUUUGCAUCCGUAACUGGCCAAGGUUUAAGGUCCUGAUAAAAUGAGGGUGGGACAAAAUAAGUUCUUGUUCUUAUGGAGCUUAUAUGUGGAUCCGCUUCCUCAUCUAUAAAAUGGGUAUUUUCAUAGUUCUGAGGACUGAGUGAGUUAAACUGCUUGGCACAGUAUCCUUUCAUUAAUAGUUUAUCAUAUUUGUAAUCAUAGCACAUUGUGCUAGAUUCUAGUGACCAAUGGGGACCUGGCCUUGUUUCCAUAGACCCAAGAAUAUAGGGGAGCACAGAAGUACAGGCAUUUGCAAACAAUACAUGAGAGAGAAAGCAUGUUUGGCACAAUUUAUGAAGAUGGUGGCAGGGCUGAAGAAGUAGUGCGUCAGAGAUGGGGAGGAUGGGUGGGUUUGUGUGGAAGACUGCUAGUUGGAAAUCAGUUUGACUUCAAAAUUCUCAAGUACCGCUACAAUAAAACCCUUUGGUUUAAUUCCAAUUUGUUAUUUUAUGUACUUGUAAGUAUUAAAACAAUUAUUAAACUUUCUGUAA